UUUCAAAAAAAGAAGCAGAAGAGGAGGGAAGAAGAACCAAAGAAAGGAGAAAAGGAUGAGUUUCUCAAGCGAGGAGGAGCACAGUGAUGAUUUCCAUGGAGUUGUCAGGUUCUUCAAGGUCAUACUUGAACAAAACAUUGCUGACAAGAGGCUUAUGCUUCCUAUGAGGUUCAGUAGACAGUAUGGAGGGUUUCUUGAGGGGAAAGCAACCCUCUUGGACACAUAUGGAAAGAAAUGGGAAAUGGACAUUUCCAAGAAGGGUAGUAAUGAGAGUUUCUGGUUCCAAAAUGGGUGGGAAGAGUUUUCUGAGUCCUACUCCUUGGCCCAUGGCGAUUUCGUGGUGUUUGAGUACACGAGCAGCUGCUAUGAUGAUGAUGAUCAGAAUGACUCGCUGGAGUUCUCAGUCAUCGUAUUCGACGGAGAGACACAAAUGGAGAAGGAGACCAGCAACCUGAAGACGGCGAGUACUGUUGGUGUUGACAUGUUCAUGUCAAACUCCAACAGCCCUUGCUUCAAACAUGAGGUCACUCCAUCUUAUUUCCGGGCCAAGCUGAUGCCCAUUCCACAAGAGUUCUUUGAGAGCUUCUUGGGUGGAGUUGAUGACACGAUGGGAUGGAUCAAGCUCGGGUAUGGAGGGAAGCUGUGGGAUGUUCAGAUCGGUCACCAUGGUCCUGGACUCAGGUACAGGAGGAUUGAGUUUGCUGAUUGGAAGAGGUUUGUGGAGGAGAACUCGGUUAGAGAAGGAGAUGUCUGCGUGUUCGAGCUGAUUGAUGACCGUGAGCUGCUGCUGCUGCAAGUCCACAUAUUCCGCGGUGGGAACUGAACCUGGUGAAGAAGCUAGCGCUUGUGUUUAUGUUGUGAUAUGUUAAUUAGCUGUGUCAGUCUGUUGCUACUCAGGAAGCAGAACUGUGUCCUGAUCUCUUCUAAGCUAUGUUCUAAAAUGGGAAUGUAGAUCCUUGAACCAGGAGACAUGUUAACUAUCUUUGUCUAUGGCAUGACAGGUUAUCCUGCCAGUGAAAUAUUGAUGUAAUGCCUUCCUACUUUGUUUUCUUAGCUUGGUGUUCAAUGUGAGUUAAGGGCUCUUAAGGGGUG